AUGCUUCAACAUGACGGCAUACAUCCUCUGGAGUGUGUUCACAUGGACAUUCAAGGGGCUCCUGUGCACCUGCAGGUACCUGUGGAGAUACGAUGUGAUUACCUCAUUUGUCUUUCUUUGUCAGGUCCUGGGAGUAAAGGGAUUAUAUCCAUACCAGGAAGUCCCGACCGCACUACAGCCCUUCAUAAACGGCUCACCAAAACCGAGAAGGAGAUACUGUCGCUCAAGACCAGGUUUGCCUGUGAGAGAGCAUCAUGGGAAAGGAGGUUUGCUUAUCUGCAGAGAAAACAGGAAGAGCUACACAAUCAGGUGGCCUCUCAGGGUGGAGUGUUGGUGAAAGUGGGCAGUUUUGACGAUCAGGGGGGAUCAGGAGUGGACAAUGGCGAAGUAUAUCAGGAGUGUCCAAGGAAUCUCCCAAGAAUUACGUACCAGCGCAGAGGAUCUGAUUUGUCAACGAGAGGCCUCACGUACGCCAGCAGUUUGACAGGCAGCCACUUCUCCACAUAUUCAGCGAUGAGCUCCAGACCUGCCUCCUCCUCGUCUUCUGGCGCCAGAUCAUGGAGAGCAUCGAAACCGCCUCACCGGGUUUUUGUACCACACUCCCCCAUGGACCUGGAGUUGGGUCACCGUGUCAGGAUCAUGCUGCCAAAUGGAAGGAUCAGCACAGGAACUAUCCGUUUCCUGGGCCACCUGCAGGGGGAGGCAGAUCUCCACCUUGGGGUGGAGCUGCAGACAGCUCAUCACGGAAUGAAUGACGGCAGCCACAGGGGGCACUGCUACUUUGAAUGCAAACCUGGUUAUGGGGCAUUUGUACCAUUCCACAAACUACUGAUGGCCUGGGAAUAACAGAAUGACAGACAACCGAGCUUGGCAACUGGUUGCACCAGAAAACUGAGUGUAAAACAUGAGUUACAGUUACCUUAUUGUAAUGCAACACAUCUUUGUAUUGACAUACUGUACAUACAAAGUUAUGUAUGCCAUUUGUACUGAGCCCAUGAAGGCUAAGAUAAGAAAAAAUAAAAAGCUGUUUGUAAAUCAGUUCCACACCAAAUCUGUGCCCACAGCUUGUAAAUUCAUGACUGAAGUUUGCAAAGCUGUGUGCACUGUUGAAAAACACCCUGGGUAUGGGUUCUGAGAGGUUACCCAAAAUCUAUGUGCACAGAUUUACAAACUGUGGUAAUGGAUUGAAAAAUGGCUUUUACAUUUUUUCUAACCUUGGCCUUCAGGGGCUCCCAACAUAUGACUUAUCUGAUAAUCACAAUAAAAUACAAUAAAAAAUCA